AUGUCUUCAUGGGAGCUGCAGCUACUGGAGGUGCUUGAGCACCACUCACUCGGCCACCUGCUCGGGAGGUUCAUGGACGCCGGCAUGACGUGUGAGGGAUUCCUGACGCUGCAGAUUGACCAGUACCGCAACUACGGUGUCACCGACGACGAGGAGAAGAUAAACCUGUACCAGGCGGUCCAGCACUUUCGUCGGGAGACGCACGGUGGGGUCAAACCGUGCGCCUCUGCGGACUCCCCGCGGAUGAUGCCCACGGCGUCGACUGGGCCGCCGACGAUAGCGGACAUAGAUGAGCUCUUGGACGAAAAGGAUGGCCGAGAACGGCUGUACACGGCCCGGGGCACGACUGUGUUGACAACCUCUGCCGAUAGCCGCGAGAUCAAGCGGCGCAAAAGCCGCAUUGUUGUUGCGGUGCGAAAGCGUCCGCUGAACCUUGUGGAGGGGCAACGGGGCUACUCUGACGUGAUCUCAACAAAUAGCUUUGACGAACUCGUGCUUGCGGAGCCGCGGCAGAAGGUGGACCUCACGAAGUACACCCACAUACACCGGUUUUUCUUUGACGAGGUAUUUGGAGAGACGUCUACGAACGUUGACGUCUACCGUCGCACGGCCGCCGCGUUGAUUGAUACCGUCUUUGAGGGUGGCUGCGCCACGUGCUUUGCGUACGGGCAAACCGGCAGCGGGAAAACCCACACAAUGCUGGGGAAUGGAACGGAGCCUGGCAUUUAUGCCCUCGCCGCGGAGGAAAUGUUUGCUCGCAUUGAUAGGGUCAAAGACAUUUACGUGUCCUUCUACGAGAUCUACAGUGGCCGGUUGUACGACCUGUUGAACGGGCGUCAGUCGUUGCGCUGCCUGGAGGACGGCAAGCAGAAUGUAAACAUCUGCGGGCUGACGGAGCACCUUCAGGCGGACGUGCGUAGCAUCAUGCGGCUCAUUGAGGAGGGAAACAGCGUUCGCAGCAGCGGCACGACAGGCGCCAACGACACAAGUUCCCGCUCCCACGCCAUUCUUGAGAUCAAAGUCCGCGGACGCGAGGACAAGAAGCUGUUUGGCAAGUUUACUUUCAUUGACCUCGCUGGGAGUGAGCGGGGCGCGGAUACGCUUGACUGCGACCGCCAGACCCGCAUUGAGGGGGCGCAAAUCAACAAGAGCCUGCUGGCGCUGAAGGAGUGCAUCCGUUCCCUUGACCUCAACCGCCGGCACGUCCCUUUCCGUGGCUCAAAGCUGACGGAAGUGCUUCGUGACUCGUUUGUAGGCAAUUGUCGCACCGUCAUGAUCGGCACAGUGUCGCCGUCAAGCAACAGCUGCGAGCACACACUCAAUACGUUGCGCUACGCGGACCGCGUCAAGGAGCUGAAGAAGAGCGUCGGGGAGCGGCGACCGCUCGGGGAGAAUGAGCAGUGUGAGCUUCUCUUUGAACGGAAGCCGUCGACGUCUGCCACACGUGCAUCUAUCUUUGGUCGCCUCUCCGCACCACCGUUAGGUCUGUUGAACCUCCCCAACGCAACGCACGACAGCAACGGCGGCAAGAGCGGCGGCCACGGCUGUGCCAGGUCAACGGCAAAAAAAAGUGCGGGGGGUCGGCGCUCUGUAAUGAUGCGUCCGAGUGGUGUUUUGGCUGCCAAGACGGCAGAAGACACCCAUGGCGAGAUUGGCCACAAGCGCGGUCGCGAGGCUGAGGAACAGCAGAAGCAACAACAACUUCAGCAGCGGGCUGAGGAAGAUGAGGAGGAAGCGGCGGCAGCAGCAGCAGCAGCAGCAGCAGAGGCACUGCCGGCGCGGAAGAGCGUUGACUUGGACCUUGGGGUCCGCUACGACAAGGUCGUGGACGAAAUCGCCAGGCAGGAGCAGGUGUGUGUGCAGGCCCACCGCCGCUACCUCGAUGAGGACAUGCGAAUCAUUAAGGAGGAGUUCGCGCAGAUCAUGUCGGUAGAGACGCCAAACUCGAACAUUGAGGCGUACGUCACGAAGGUGCUUGGCCUCCUCGGUGGCAAACUGCAGGCCAUCCACCACUUUCAGGGGGAGAUGCUGCGGCUGCGGGGCAUGCUCGACGAGGAGGAGGCGCUCUCCCGCCACCUCGAGCAGAGCGGGCAGUAG